AUACAACAAUGGCCACUCAAUCGAUUCAACUACGAGAAUAGAGAAUUCAAAACCAGAUAAAAAGGAGGUGUUUCUCUAAACUGCAGACUAAAUUAAAAUGGCACAUCAGCUGCAUGCACCGCUGUCACAAAUCAAGCCAAGCUUUGCGCCGACGCCAGUCGACAACAAUGACAUGAAUAACAGAACCGAACCACCAACAGUACAGAAAACCAUCGAUCUCCUGAGCAUGCAAGCCCAUAUCGAGGGAGGAUACUAUGUGGAAACAGACCGGGACCCUCUGAAUGUGCCAAAUCCUUUCAUUAACAAUAAAGAUCCUGGCACUUCGUAUACUGUUCCGGAGACCGAUGUGACGUCUGACAUCCGACUGAGUCCUGGGCAAGAUCACUCUACUCGCUCCGCCAGUACUACAAUCUAUUAUUAUAUCACUCCCGGUUCUCCUCUGGGAUGCUUCCAUCGUAAUCGCGGACGAACCGUUCACACGCUGCAUCGCGGUCGCGGUUGCUACGUCUUAAUCCAUGCAGACGAAGUCCUUCGCGGCGAUAGAACUGCCGAGAACAAUAAAGCUCGUAUCGAGACAUUCGUCGUCGGCCACGAUAUUGAACGAGGAGAGAAGUUACAAUGGAUUGUAGAAGGAGGAAAAUUCAAAGCGUCUUUUUUGCUCCCUGACACCGAUGGGGGAGACAAACAGUCCGAGGGUUUGUUGAUUAGCGAGACUGUUGUUCCAGGAUUCGAGUUCGCGGACCACGACUUUAUGCGAGCUGCAAUGUUGGUUGAGCUUCUGAAACCAGAAGAGGUUGAGGAGCUCAAGUGGCUUUUGAGAGAGAAAUCAAUUAGUGUAUAGAAUUCCUGGAAUAGUCCGUAUAAUAUGAAAUGUCGCUAUAGUUCAGAUAGGAGAUUAUAUCGUUCGCUAUAAUAGACUCGUGGUAUC